GGCGGAAGGGCCACAGCCCUAAUCGUUAAGGCGGUGCUGGCCCGUGCAGUCUCAAUGCCAAGACUUCCCUCCACCUAGAAAAUUUCCACCGCUGGCAGCUAUCGCGACUCUUUGCACCACCGAGCGAGCAACUUCAAUUAAGUCGGCUAAUCAACCCAACCAACCGUCAAAAUGCCUGGAGGUGUCACUGUUCGGGACGUCGAGCCCCACAAGUUCGUCAACGCCUAUGCUGCUUUCUUGAAGCGCCAGGGCAAGCUGCCCGUUCCCGGUUGGGUUGACACCGUCAAGACCGGCCCCGCCAAGGAGAUGCCCCCCCAGGACAUCGACUGGUUCUACGUCCGCGCCGCCUCCGUUGCCCGCCACGUCUACCUCCGCAAGACCGUUGGUGUUGGCCGUCUCCGCCGCGUCCACGGCACUGCCAAGAACCGUGGCAGCCGUCCCUCCCACCACGUCGAGGCCUCUGGCUCCGUUGACCGCAAGGUCCUCCAGGCCCUCGAGAAGAUCGGUGUCCUCGAGCACGAUGAGGAGAAGGGUGGCCGCCGCAUCACCCAGCAGGGCCAGCGUGAUCUGGACCGUAUCGCCCAGACCGUCAUUGAGGCCGAUGAGGAGGAUGACGAGUAAAUUCGUCACUAGAUAUCAUGAAUAAUAUCUAAAUCUUCCCCUUUCACGAAUACGAUACCCG